AUGCAUGAGACUGACUUUUUGAUUGCAAAAGAGAAGCAUCUGCUUCCACCCGAGCUGCAAUGGCGAGAGUGGAGGGUCAUUGUCGACCAACUCGAUACGGAGCAUAUUUACUCCCGAAUUGACAGGCGUUUCCUCUACGGAGAACUUCGCCUCAGCCGUCUAAACAAGAUAUAUUGCUUCUCACAACACUCUACCCGAGGGUAUAUGACGCGCUGGCAUCAAUAUAAAGGCUUCCUCCAAGACAACUUCGCGUGGUUGGCUUCGGCGACUGUGUACAUUGCUAUUCUCUUGUCAGCCUUGCAGCUUGGCCUGGCAACCGAUGCUCUGCAAGGCAAUGCUGCCUUUCAGUCUGCAUCGUACGGAUUUACCAUCCUCUCUAUACUAGGUCCCCUCAUUGGCAUUUGCUUUGUUCUCAUUGCCUUCGGCUAUGUAUUUGUCAGUAACUGGGUGGCGACGGUGGUAAUACAGGAUGAAUCGCAAGAGCAGCAUCAACCGUCGGCAAAUUUUGCUUUCCUCCAGAUUACCGACUCGUUAUACCAGAAGAGUGGACCUUUGCCAUUUCAAGAUCUGUUGCGACGCUACCAAAAGCACUGGAAAGAACUACCAGAGGCAGCCAAGGAUGGCAGCUCGCCAGACUGGGUGGUGACAGUUGAUCAUGUUCAGCAGAGAAUAAAGUCGGUUAUGCCCCAUAUGACCAACUUCAUCUCAUGUGAAUCCCGGCAGCCAGCCCUCCUGGAACCCAGGUCAGGCCGCAUCAUAUCACACACAAAGGUUCGGGAGUUCAUAGAAAAUUUUGAUCUUAAGCUCCCAGACCCAAAUUGUGGGAAGCCGCGGGUGGCAGCCGUUCUUCCCAACGGGCCUCUCCUGGCCCUGGCUUUGCUUGCAGUAGCGAACCGCUAUACCGUUGUGCCAAUGGCAACUACAGCAGCCCCUGAGGAACUAAUGACUGACCUUGACGCGGUCGGGGCAGAUGCAGUUCUUAUGCUUGAUUCGGAGAUGAAACGGCUGCAGAAAAGGGCGGAGUUACUCGUAUUCACAGUUCAACCAGAGGAUGAUUUGACUUUCAGUGUUACUCGCGCAAACUCCUCCAUUGAACCGUGUCGAGCCCAGCACGCUCCCAAUGGCCCGGAUGAUCUUGCCAUUAUUCUGGCCACGAGUGGGAGUAGUGGUACCAAGAAGCUGGUUCCUAUCACCAUGUUCAAUCUUCUUACCAGUGCAACAUUCGUGAUGGACAGUCUGGAGUUGACUCCUGGAUCUCGCUGUUUGAAUAUGAUGCCACUCCAUCAUGUUGGCGGUAUGAUGCGAAGCUUGUGGGCCCCCCUUGUGGCAGGGGGCAUGACGAUCUGUUGCUCUCAAUUUGAUCCGAACCACUUCUGGGAUAUGGUGGAAGAGCAUCGCCCCACGUGGUACUACGCAGCACCAACAAUGCAUGAGAUGAUAGUAGCCGAAGCUGCGCAACGGGCUGAAUCUGUUAGGAAAAGCACUAUUACAUUUAUAUGCAACGGGGCAGCAGCAUUGCCCCCGAGUCUCGCACAGCAGCUCCAAGACAUAUUUCAAUGCUCAUUGUCGCUCAGCUAUGGAAUGACUGAAUGUGUACCCAUUACGGCACCACCUAAGGCCGGUCGCUUUAGUCGGCCAGGGAGCACCGGACUGGCCGCGGGGCCAGAGCUGGCAAUUUUCCAUACUCAGCACACGCAGCAGCGUGCCCCUACUGGCUCGGUAGGUAGGAUCUGUGUCCGAGGCCUGCCCGUAUUCCCGGGUUACCUCAUCAAAGGUGGACUGGAUCGGAGCUCGUUCACUCCAGCAGGGUGGUUUGACACGGGCGAUCUCGGAUAUGUUGACGAGGAUGGAUGGCUCUAUAUCACCGGGCGGACGAAAGAAGUCAUCAAUCGCGGAGGGGAGACGAUAUCGCCGGUGGAGGUCGAGGAUGCAUUAGUAUCAGCUUCCCGAGACCCAUCCUCAAACGUCUUCGGUCGUAUCAGGGAGGCUCUGGCAUUCCCUACUCCCCAUGAUACCCUUCAAGAGGUCGUUGGCGUGGCGGUUGUAACCCCAGCAGGUCGCAUGAGGCCUGAUCUUCGCCAAAUACACAAGGCUUUGAGGGAGCGUCUUCAUCAGCCCAAAUGGCCUGUUCUUUUGAUUUACAUGGAUGACCUUCCUAAAUCACGCAACAAGUUGCGACGCAUCGGCCUGAUCCAAAGACUAGGUCUGGAGACAUUGACAGAUCAGGUUCCUAUGGUUGAGCGGCACUACGAGGCACUGUGUCCAUCGGUGGAUACACCUGUCACCGGAUAUAUUGCGCAAGUUUCGGGACUGUCGGAGGUAUUUUUGCAAGUCCACGCGGACGGAUACCCCCGAGCCAUCAUCUUCAGGGACGGGACUGGCGAUGUCUCGCCGGAGGAGAUCCUCGCCAGCCUCCCAGAGCUUCUGCACGGAUACCUAAUUCCCAGCAGGUUGGACGUGCUAGAUGAUCCUAUGCCACGCAACACACAUGGCUUGAUUGACGAGGCUGCUGUACAAGCCAAGCUGACUGCACUGCAUCCAACAGUCACGUCAAGCACGCAGCAGCAGGUAUCUAAUCUCUUCGCAACGGCACUCAGAGCUGCCCCGGAAGAUAUGACUCCCGCGACCGACUUUUUCGAGUCCGGCGGGGACAGUAUGAGUGCGGGCCAGCUCAUUUCCAAGAUCCGGCAGGAGUUCCGGGUGCCUGUGGCAGGGGAUGUUCUUUUCCAGCAUAGCACUGUAGGCGCCAUCACGGCCAUCAUCGAGGCAGCGAUCGCUGAUAGUGAGACACGUAAAGUUGAAAGCCACGAGCUUCCAGGUUGUCGGGAGACAUAUAGCUCCACUCAGCCGUGGGUGCUAUUCUUGAAUCUUGUUCCAUCUGUCAUUCUUUACCCAAUGCUUCAGGCGCUGCGCUGGACAUUCCUGGUUUAUCUGCUCUCUGAAAUAUCGACACGGUUUCCGCUGCGUCCGAAUCUCUUUGGACGGCUGCUUGGUCUCAUUCUCAUCCAACUGACUGUCCAACUGUUGAUGGCAUUUAUUUCCCCCCUAAUAGGGAUCGCACUAAAAUGGCUCCUUGUUGGCCGAUACCGCGCAGGAAUGUAUCCGAUGUGGGGACCGUACCAUAUGCGGUGGUGGCUAGCACAGAAAGCGCUCCAAGUUUGUGGGAAGGGUGUAUUCGACCGUUAUGGCAGGAGCCGAAUCUGGUACUAUCGAGCUUUGGGUGCACGUAUUGGACGCAAUGUCUCUAUCGACGACUUCACGGCCCUUGGGGAGUACGAUCUCCUGCACAUUGGCGACAAUGUGGUGCUUGAGAACUGCAUCUGCCGUCCAUUUGCGAGUGAGCGCAAUACCUCCAUGCUGCUUCAGCCCAUCACCAUUGGAGCCAACUCCUAUGUGGGCCUCCGAUCGACCGUGGUACCUGGGACCACGCUGCCCCCUGGCACGUGUAUCGGCGCCAACUCGUCCACCUGGGAAGUUGACGAUGCGGACGAGUCCAAUCGUGAUCAAUAUUUUGCCCGGGCCAUGCAGCCCCACUGGAUCUGGCAGAUUUUGGUCGUGGGGUGGCUGCAGCUUCUUGUACACUUCGUAUCGGAAUUGCCACGCAUCGCAGGGUUGCUCCCCAUAGUGAGUCGCUACCCUACUGUCGCAGCCGAUCGUCUGCGACACACUGUGUCCUGGCUCACCAGCCGGACUCGGAUCGGCUAUUUCCUUCUCAUGCGACUAUACUCCGCUGUAGCGGGACCACUUGCGUGGUUCCUAGCAGUGCUUGUAGUUAAGCGCGGUUUGGAUGUAUGCUGUGGCCGGCCCUCGCGGGAAACUAUGAAGACGCUGCGUCCGGCUCAGAAAGUGCGACAUGCGGUACUCAACGCCAUCGUUCCGCAGGGAGACAUCUCCCGCCUGGCGCAGCUGGUAGGACCGCACUACGAAUUGGUCUCUGUGGCGGUACGCCUGCUAGGCGGGCGCGUGGGAAAACGUGUAUACUGGCCACGUACCGAGUUGAAACUCAUCCCGGACUUUGACCUGGUGGACAUUGGGCACGACGUAGUGUUUGGCUCACGGUCAUGUCUGGUAACGGUGGACGGGGUGGGGAGGGAGCCUAUUGUCCUCAAGGAUGGGGCCAUGCUAGGGGACCGAUCUGUGGUGCUUCCGGGAGUGACCAUUGGGACGCGCACGAUGGUGGGCUCGGGCGCACUGCUACGCCGGAAUGGCUCCUUUCCAGAUGACAGUGUCUGGACUGGCAGCAAGCAUGGUGAUGCUGUCCGCUUCCCUCAGCUCAAGGGGAAGGGGGAUGAUGCGAGGGACUCUGUCGACGGAGAGCGUGACACGACAAGGCCAUUCGGCCGCGCCCUCUACCUGGGGAAGGCAAACUACUGUGUGCUGGGCCAGGGGCCUAUCAUCGCGUACUCCAGCUUUAUGGUUGCCUUUACGGCUGUGUAUCCCAUGGUGGCGCCGCUGGCGGCCUUGCUGGUGCUGAGCCGUACUCUCCCAAUGGAGGUAAUGGCAUUUGAGAUGCGAUGGUGGCGUCCAUUUGCCGUGUAUGGCGUGUUGGCUGCAGUUAUGGCUGCACGCACCAUCGACAUUCUCAUUGAGGAGUCCUUCGGUAGGAUAGGCAUCCGGUCUUUACUCAGCGGGACGGCGUACCUGUGCUGGUUCUACCGUGCGAUGGGGGCGAAGAUCGGGGCGGAUUGCGCUUUGAGCGCCAACGGUGAACCGCAUAUAAUCCUCACCGAACCGGACCUGGUGACGCUGGGGGAUAGAGUCACGGUGGAUGAUGCUAGUCUGGUGUGUCAUCUCAACACGCGGGGGGACUUCGAGUUACAUACGCUGAAAGUGGGCGAUCGAAGUGUGAUGCGCACUGGGUCUCGAUUGUUGUCGGGUGCGUCGAUGGGGAAGGAUGCGUGUCUGCUGGAGCAUACGCUGGUGUUGUCGGGGGAUCAUGUUGAGGAUGGCACAACGUUGCAGGGCUGGCCGGCGGAGGAGUUUAGGGGGGAUCGACUACGACCGUAG